UAUUUAUUUUUUUGCGACAAUUGUGGCUGAAUAAAGGCAAACAGCAGUACAUGUGGUUCAUUUCCGCGGAGAUUAUGAAAUCGUUGUAUACAAAUUUACAAAUGAGCAGUUUUCAUUACGUUACGAGUUCUGCUUAUACGCAGUAUGUGUCGUAAAGUCACGUAAUAUGUCAUUAUGGAGGUCUCAGAGCUGGAUUUCCACAGUGUUUUUGGCCUGUUGCAUGCUGGAUCGGCUCCAAGUUUGAGCAGUGAAGAUCUCGCCAGCAGAAUCUCCUCCUGUGUUCAGACUGUCACAAACACAGAUGAUACGUGUUUGAGUCUCAGUCUCAUUGAGAGCGUCAUUAGCAGACUCGCAGCACACAGUUUUACAGCGGACGCCGCUGUAUAUUAUCAAGAUGUCAUCAGGAGAUUGUUCACUGAGAGGAAUCUCAUGGCUAAACUGGUUUCUCUCCUUAGAUGUCAGGAUAAGCUCGUGUCUCAUUUAUCUGCUAAGUGCAUGUCUGUCUACGUCAUCAAAGAGCUUGGCAUUGCUGGAUUGAGCAGCUGUAUGUGGACAGAUUCGUGUGCUGCAGUGCUUGAGCGGUCAGUGUCUGGCUGUGAACUGGACUCGUGUCUGUGGUCAGUGACGGCUGUUAUUAAAGGAGUGCUGAAAGCAGACAUGGGCCAGAAUAAAAGAGAAGUCUUGACUCGUCUUCUUUCAGCACUGGACUCCUCCAUCACACACUUGUACAGGAAUCUCCUGCCUCUGUCCACUAAAGAUCCUCACAGCACAGACAUGAAGUGUGUUUGUAAAAGCAUGAGUGAGUUUAUUGAACUCCUGGAAGCCCUAAACGCUGCUCGCCUCAGACACGGCCUCAGCUCUUCAGCUCAGAGACUCUCUUUUACUCGAUGUUCAUCACUCCUGCACGUCAUCAGGACAGAUGUGGAGUACGUGGUGAAAAAGCGAGUUCUGCUGCUGCUCAAGAAAAGUGUCUUGCGGAGGGCCGGAGAUGACUGGGCUUUAGGUGAUGUUCAGUCGGCAUCAGGUGAAGAUCUUAGUCUGACGGAGGAUCUGCUGAGCAUGGCGGACACUGUGCUACAGGAAGUGAACGCAGGCUGGCUAAAGGAAGUUCCUGUUAAAGCUCAGGCUAGCUUUUUUGGUGGAAACUGCGAUGUUGAUGGAACGAUGAAAAAGGAUGACGUGAUUCUGAGAGCCGUGAGCUUGAUUUUACUGAAGUCACUGGAGAUAAAAAUGAAGUCUCUGGGUCAGCAAGGAUCUGCGGGUGAGAUUGAAGCGCAGCAGUAUUUAACAGAGCUCAUGUUAUUCCUCCAGCGUCACGUCUCCCUGGACUCUCAUCGCUGCUGCUGGGUUUCUGCACUGUUUGCUGAGCAGGAUGACGACAUGAUGGAAGCAACCAACACUCUGAUGGCCUUGUAUUUAUAUCAGAAAAGGAGCUGUUCGGACUCUGGUGUGUGCGUCUGGGGUUUUAACCCUCACUGCCUCUUCAUCCUCCUGCUGCGUUCGCUCUCGUUUGACCACAGUGUCCUGCUGGACUUCCUCAUCUCCUCGGAGACCUGCUUUCUGGAGUACUUCGUUCGAUACCUCAAACUGCUCUGCCAGGACUGGACAGGCCUGUGCAGAUCCUCUCAACACAUUGAAGACGGUGGCGGAGAUGCUAAAAGAGGAUCUGAUCUCUCCAUUCCAGCUUCAUCUGCUGCUGCUGCUGUUCCCUGUGGUGAAUCAGCAACAGGUAACCAAGUGGAAACCGCUUUAGUUUCUCGACUGGUUGAUUAUGGCAGUUCAGACGAGUCAGAGGAAGCAGACAAUGUCGAUUGUGGAGCUUCUGUAAUGCUGGUGGAAGAGUCCCUGUUAGGUAAAGUGCUUGCGUGUUUAAUGGACUUGAGGACGGCGGUGAGCAGACUUCAUAACAGAGGUUUGUUUCCCUACAACCCUUCCUCGCUUCUAAAACUGUUGAACGGUGUAGAGUCACAGAGGAACAGGCUUCGGUAGCUGUGAUUAACACAAAUGGAUUCAACUUCAAUUUAAUUAUGAUUAGGAAUGAACAGAAGUGUAUUGAUCGUAUAAUGCAGUCAAUAAACAUACAUAAAAUCAA